AUGGCCGCGGCCACGUCUAACCCCUACCUCCCCGGCACCGGCAUCCUGGCGGCCGGCUCCAUCGUCCACGCGGACUCGGGCGGCGGCGGCGGCGGCGGCGGCGGCGGCAUGCAGCCGGGCGGCGUGGCCGUCACCUCGGUGGCGGCGGGCGGCUACCGCGGCGACCCGGCGGCCAAGAUGGUCCAGAGCGACUUCAUGCCGGGCGCCAUGGCCGCCAGCAACGGCGGCCAUAUGCUGAGCCAUGCCCACCAGUGGGUGACAGCCCUGCCCCACGCCGCCGCCGCCGCCGCCGCCGCCGCCGCCGCCGCCGCCGAGGCCGGCUCGCCGUGGUCCGGCAGCCCCGUGGGCAUGACGGGCAGCCCCCAGCAGCCGCCGCCGCCGCCCGACGUGAAGGGCGGCGGCGGGCGCGACGACCUGCACUCGGGCGCGGCGCUGCACCACCGGGCGCCCCACCUGGGCCCCCCGCACCAGGGGCACCCGGCGGCCUGGGGCGCGGCGGCGGCGGCCGCCCACCUGCCCUCCAUGGCCGGCGGGCAGCAGCAGCAGCAGUCGCUCCUCUACUCGCAGCCCGGGGGCUUCACGGUGAACGGCAUGCUGAGCCCCCCCCCCGGCGGGCAGAGCCUGGUGCACCCCGGGCUGGUGCGCGGCGAGACGCCGGAGCUGGGCGAGCACCCCGGGCACCACCACCACCACCACCACCAGCACCCCGGGCACCACCCGGCGCACCACGGCGGCGUCAACAGCCACGACCCGCACUCGGACGAGGACACGCCGACCUCCGACGACCUGGAGCAGUUCGCCAAGCAGUUCAAGCAGCGGCGGAUAAAGCUGGGCUUCACGCAGGCCGACGUGGGGCUGGCGCUGGGCACCCUCUACGGCAACGUCUUCUCGCAGACCACCAUCUGCCGCUUCGAGGCCCUGCAGCUCAGCUUCAAGAACAUGUGCAAGCUGAAGCCUUUGUUGAACAAGUGGCUGGAGGAAGCCGACUCCUCCACGGGCAGCCCCACCAGCAUCGACAAGAUCGCGGCGCAGGGCAGGAAGAGGAAGAAGCGGACCUCCAUCGAGGUGAGUGUCAAGGGGGCCUUGGAGAGCCACUUUCUGAAAUGCCCCAAGCCCUCCGCCCAGGAGAUUACGAACCUAGCGGACAGCCUGCAGCUGGAGAAGGAGGUGGUCAGGGUUUGGUUUUGCAAUCGGAGGCAGAAAGAGAAACGGAUGACCCCCCCGGGGAUCCAGCAGCAGACCCCCGACGAUGUCUACUCGCAGGUCGGCACCGUCAACUCCGACACGCCGCCCCCUCACCACGGACUGCAGACGAGCGUGCAGUGAGGGGCACCGACAGGGCCGGGGAGGGGGACGGG